CUUUCCAAGUGGGGGAGCUGGAGACUUUUACAUACACAUCGACUAUCCUAUAGAUACCGUUAUUCCCUACCACGGAUGUAGUGUGGAACCGUACAGUGAAGGUUCUUCGUUCUAAAACUAAUUUAUCUGUUAUAACAGCUGGAUAGGAUUAGUAACGAUGCCGAAAUAUAAGCUAAUAUAUUUCAAUUUGCCUGUUCUCGGCGAACCGAUAAAGUAUCUUUUACAUUAUGGCGGAAUUGAAUUCGAAGACGUACAGAUAAAGGAUCGCGUGAACGAAUGGCCGAAGAUAAAGCCGACAAUGCCCUUCGGCCAAGUACCUGUUCUUGAAAUUGAUGGGAAACGGUAUCCUCAGAGUUUAGCGAUAUGUCGUUACCUGGCUAAGCAAUUGAACCUAAUCGGUAAAACAGAUCUGGAUCAGUUGGAGAUAGACGGGUUAGCCGAUACGAUAAGCGAAUUUCGAAAAUUGUUCAGCCUGUACUACAGGGAACCCGAUCCAGUUAUAAAGGCUAAGAAGAAGGAAUCGCUGGAGAAUAUUGAGGUUCCAUAUUUCUUGGAUAAAUUUGAGGAAAUCGUGAAGAAUAACAAUGGAUAUUUUCAUGGCGGAGAGCUGAGCUACGUGGACUUCUUUUUCGUUGGAUUAGUCGGUGCCUUUAAUGCUCUGUUGGACAAAGAUGUCUUGGCAAACUAUACAAAUUUGAAAUCCCUCAAGGACAAGGUCCAAGCUAUACCGGCAAUACAAAAUUAUUUGAAAGACGCACCUAAGCCGAUAUUUUAUCAAAUAACAAGCAUGAAGUACAAGGUGAUAUAUUUUGAAACAACUGGUAUUGCCGAAGUAAUUCGCUUGAUCUUGUCUUAUGCAAAAGAGCCGUUUGUGGAUGAGCGAGUUAUUUUCGAAGAUUGGCCGGAACGGAAAAAACAUGCUCCGUUCGGACAUUUGCCACUUUUCGAAAUCGAUGGAAAGCAAUAUCACCAAUCAAUAGCAGUGAGUCGUUAUUUGGCAAAUCUGUACGGGCUUGCUGGAAACAAUUUGAUUGAAAAUAUGGAACUGGAUGCGAUUGUCGAUACCGUUAAUGACUUGAGAAUAGAAUUCACAAAUUGUCUUUGGGAAAAAAACGUGCCUGAGAGACUGAAGAAAAAGGAAAUAAUCCUUAAGGAGACUGUGCCGUAUUACUUUGAAAGAUUCGAAAAGAUGCUUCGCGAAAAUGGAGGGUAUUUCUAUAAGAAUCGCCUUACAUGGGCAGAUCUGUUUUUCGUGGCUCUGAUCCCCUACAUGAACCUGGCAGUUAGUGACAACAUCCUUAAAGAGAACAAUUUCCUCUUGGAAUACGUUGAAAAAAUUUCUAAACUUCCAGGACUCAAAGAGUGGAUGGAGAAGCGUCCGAAAACGUGUUGCUUGGCGACUUUGGUGGCUGAGAGAAAGGAUUCAUAAAUUUCGUUAAAAUCAUUAAGAAUCUGCACACCUUCUUUAUAACUUCGCAUAGAUAAACCAUAGUAUAUGGUUAUAAGAAAAAAGAAAAACAUAAAA